GCGGAAUGAUUCGUGGGGGCGCUGAUAACAAUUUACAUUUUUACUCGUUCAUCACUCUCUUGCUUCUCAUCAAGGGAUCAGGAAAAACGGGCUGCAAAUCUUCCAAAAUGGGUGUAGUGAGCGUAGCCACAGCGGAUGAAUACACAAAGUUAAUAGGAUCCCCCAAACUCUCCGUGACAAUCUUCUCUGCUGAUUGGGCGGAACAGUGCAAACAAGUUCUGGACGUAGCUACAGAUCUGUCAACGAAGCCCGAAUACGCUGAAGUACAGUUUAUCAAUGUACCGGCUGAGGAAUUGUCAGAAAUCUCGCUGAAGCAUCAGAUUGAAGCAGUGCCCACAGUGGUCUUCUUCCAGUCCGGAAGUGCAGUAGAUCGAAUUGAUGGAGUAGACAUUGGUGCCUUCACCAGCAAAUGUGCCAAAUUAGCUGGUGUUUUGGCAUCCGAGAAGGGAAAGCUGGAAGAGAGGCUGAAGGUACUGAUAAAUCGCCAUCCGGUGAUGAUUUUCAUGAAGGGAGAUCGCAAUGCACCUCGAUGUGGCUUUUCCAAGCAACUUAUCGCCAUUGUAAAUGAAACUGGAGUUUCUUAUGACACCUUCGACAUUCUCACGGAUGAAGAUGUGAGGCAGGGCUUAAAGACGUUUUCAGACUGGCCAACGUAUCCACAAGUGUACGUGAAAGGCGAAUUAAUUGGUGGAUUGGACAUAAUCAAGGAGCUACUUGCUUCUGGAGAACUCAAUGCAACACUCGCUGGGUAGAUUUUUCAGAUAUUUUUUUUUGCUAGAGAGCAGGAAAAGGCUUUUGAGGGAUGAAUAAAUUGAAAUUUAGUAUA